CGUUUUUGCUGGUAACGAUUCUGCAAGAGUGUCCGCUGCCUUUGCACCGCCAUCGUUAUCCUGCAAGCGAACGCCGUCGUAUAAUCACUCCGUCGUCUAUCUCUGAUGGAAUUUGACCUUUAGAAAAUGCAUAUCCGCAAGCUCAUCGAAUUAAAUCGAUCUUGAGGGUAUUGAUUGAGGCAGCUGUGUUUUCUUGGAAAUGUUAAGGUCCAACGCAAUCGCUGGUCUAAUUAGACCAAUGAGGCAACUUGGUAUAUUCAGAGUGCCAAUCUCGAACUGCAGUCAGCUCACAGUGAUACAAGAUCAUAUACCCACCCCAGUUGAUGAAAAUUACUUACAGGACCAUUUCAACAUAGGAAAGGAUGCUGAAGGGAUAGGAAAGCUCCAAAAAACUUACAAUGUGUCCAAAAAGGACAAGAUCAGUGUUCUUGUAAGAUCACUUCUUGAUCUUGAAGACAGUAAAGAAGCAGUCUAUGGUGCACUUGAUGCGUGGGUUGUGGGGGAACGGGAAUUCCCUAUUGGACGGCUUAAGACAGCACUGAUUGCCCUUGAGAAAAUGCAAGAAUGGCAUAAAGUUGUGCAGGUUAUUAAAUGGAUGUUAAGCAAGGGGCAGGGUGUGACAGUUGGAACAUAUGGACAGUUGAUACGUGCAUUAGAUAUGGACCUCAGAGUAGAAGAAGCAAACAAGUUAUGGGCUAAGAAACUUGGUAGGGAUGUGCAAUCAGUGCCUUGGAAAGUAUGUGAUAUCAUGAUAUCUGUGUAUUACCGGAAUGAGAUGUGGGAAGAGCUUGUAAAGCUUUUCAAAGGCCUUGAAGCACAUGGUCGUAAACCCCCAGAUCAAUCUAUAGUGAAAAAAGUAGCUGAAUCAUAUGAGAAGCUAGGUUUAGUUGAAGAGAAGGAGCGUUUUGUCGAGAAAUACAAGAGUUCAUUCACUAAAACACGGGGAAAAUAUGGAAGGAAAGCAAGCAAGGAAUCAUCGGUCACAAAGAUUUCCUCAUAGACCAAUGAGUGGCUUAACGAGGAAAUUAAAGAGCUUUAUUAUUGGAAUUCUGGGUCUAAGUGAAUUCUGAAACUAUUGAAUACGGGUGCAAAUAUCUUGGAGUUAUAAGUAGGUUUCUACUGUGGACAUGAAUGGAUCCUCCAAGUGACUUAUAGCCACAAUAUUAAGCACCUUGAAGCUUGGCACAUUGGAUGUACAUCAUGAAUCAAAUGCUUCAUGCAGUUUCUUUUUCUACUUUAUCUAUUUAUAACAAGUCAGUUAAGGUAUCUAAUAUAUAUUUUAUCCUUUCAUAAUCUUCAUUUGUGGUCUAUACAGAUGGACUAAAUACUUUCAUAGUCUUGUAUGUACAUCAUCCCAUUCCCAUAUGUUCAUCUUAAUUCGGGUCA